CCAUAUUUAUAAUUAAGAUAAUUGUUUCACAAUGGCGGACGAUGAAGUCGCAAAACAAGACGAAAGUGAAAAUAAUUCGGAAAAAGAAGAAUACAACUCAAAAUUAGACUUUUUUAGUGACGAAUUUGAUCCGUUGUUGGCUCUUAAUACACCAGGAACAAGUGCACCGAUUCCAGAUGCGAAACGAUACGAUAAUUUGGCAGCAUUUAAGAGUGCCAUGGAUAGAGAGCAAAAUCCGGAAAAGUUUCAGAAAAGGAAGCAAAUGGUAGCUGAAGCACUUACUCCUGUUGUACGACGAUGGUUACCGCAUCAAAUGCCUAUUCCAACACAGAGAAAGAAAAGAUCUACCAGAAACAUUUUUGUAAAAAUGGCAAAUACUGUUGGCCCGCUAUCCCUACUAAAAAGAUGCGUCGAGGGCAAAUUAAGAAUAAAGGUGUACACGAGAAACGAAGAAAAAACGCGAGGCUAUUGCUUGGCUUACGUAGUCGCAUUUGAUAAACACUUCAAUAUGGCCUUAGAGGAUGUUACGGAAGUGUGGACUAGAAGGAAAAAGAAGAAAAUACCUGCGCUUGAUAGCGCAGAAUCAGUCAAAAAAUUUAAAUUCCAAAGGCAAUUCAAACUUCCCGAAAUAAAAGUCACCCCACACCAGACUCAGAAAAAAUUGGAAGUUUGCACCAGGCACCUCGAUCAGGUUAUGUUAAGAGGAGAACACGUGGCUUUGGUUAUCGUUGUGAACCAAGAUAAAACUGACGUCAAAGAAGAUCAAAUAAAGGAUGUUAAAGAAGAAAAUGUUAAACAAUAACUAUUAUUUAAAAACUGGCUGUUGAGUUCUGUUAUAUUGCAAAAAAUAUAUUGAAAGUUUGAUUAGAUGUUUAAUUGAGUAAUUUUUAAAGCAAAAUAAAAUUUGUUUAUAAAA